AUGAACUCAUCUGCUUACUUCUUGUUAUUUUUGGCGUUUUUCAUUUUCAAAAUCAACGGCGGAAGCAACGAAUGCUACUCAUGCUCGGGUGUCUGUCAUAAUGAGCCGUGUAAUUGUCAGAUGGGUUCCUGCGAAUCUGGCCAAUGUUUCAUCGAAAAGAAGCCCACUGAAAUUCCCGGCUCCAUGAAAAUCACCAAGGGUUGCCUCCGUCGGACAUCACGAAUACAUCAUGGCUGUGAAUACGAUCAUUUCUCGGACCACAUCCUUUGCGUUUGUCAGGGUCACUACUGUAACGAUAAAGUGGUCAUGAACACGACUCGUCAGAAAUACACUCGAACUGUGACAUGUCGAGAAUGUUCUGAAAAACAACCGGAUUGUGGAUCGACGUGUGAGGGGCAUUGGUGUCAUGAGGAUAUGAGUACUGGGGCAUCCGGAUGUGGAUACGGACCACCAGCCCUUCCAUUUUACUAUCGAGGUCCUGAACUGUUCUACUAUCGGAGCAAAGUUUGUAUUACGUUGAGCAGGGGUGCUGGAAAGCCACGUCGUCAUUGUGUGUGCAGUACGAAAAUGUGUAAUACGGUUUAUAACUAUCAGUUCAAUCAGUAUAAUAUCAAGGAUCGGGAAAAGGAAGGAAGCACGAGGGCGAGAUCGUUAACGUUGAGCGCCACCGAUUAUACGCUUCCACUCCAAACGUGCUAUAACUGUGAGACGAACACUCAGGAUGCUACAUCGAUGUCUCACACGACGAAUUGCAGAAGUAAUAGGUGUCUAGGUCACUACUGUACCUACGCCGCGCAACGUCACACCAGCAAAAGCAGUAUGGGUCGUUCGAACAUGGUGCACGCCGUCAGCGAACUUCAAGGAUGCAUGAAUGUCUCCGAUAAGUCGCAUAUUCAAUUGGGCUGCUCGAGAAAGUGGAUAUCCGAUGAGUACGAGGAAAUUCAUUGUGCCUGUAAGGGCUCACUGUGCAACAGUGACUCGCUAACAGCAACAGCCACCCAAAGUACCGUACCAUUAUUGCUCAUUUCCCUAUUUUUGAUCUAUUUUCUUUGA